AUGAAGUUUGACACUUUAUUUUAUUUGACGAGUACCAUUUUGGUACUAUCAAUGGUGGUAUCGCUCAAUUCCAUAGUGGUAUUGGCCGAUUCACCAUUGGGAGAUGUAGAAGUAGGAGAUACCUUCUCUAUGAAAUCGGUGGAAGUCGAAACCACCUAUAAAUUCGAAAACGACGAUUCACUCAAAGCACCAAAACUCAGUUUUUCACUCACCAGAGGUCAAGCUGAAUUCAAAGAUUUAGUUCACCAAGAUCCAGGUACCACUAAUUUCCGUAUUGGUGCACCAACCGAUGUAAUUUCAAAUGGUAGUAAAUUAUCAUUCUCAUUGUUCACUUUGAUUUCAUUUUUGUUGGUUAGCACUUUCGCUACAAAGAACAGAAUGAUUGUAUUUUUAGCGAUGUUGAUUGGAUUUUCCAGCUUUGUUUUUGCCAUGAAUAUGACUGACUACAGUGUAACAGUUACUAUUAGAGUACCAUCUGGAUAUCUUUUCAAAUCGAUUUCAUUGGAAACCUCUAGUGGUUCUCUCGAUAUGAGUGGUCUCCAAGCAUCCAACAUCAAUAUCAAUGCUUGUCAUAUGAAGGCUUUCCCAAUUAAAUUUAAUGGAUUAUCUGUUAGUACUUUAAAUAUUUGUUCUAUCUCAUCUGUUGAUAUGUAUUCAUUCCAAAUGACCUCAAGUUCCAAUGUUACCAUUUCAACUGGUGAUAAAGUUGAUAUUAGAUUCAUGGCAGGUUACACCGGAAAGUUGAAUAUUCAAACCAAUAGUGGUGUCACUCCAUCUGUCAAUGGAACAUGUACUCUCAACUCUGAUACCGUUAAUGGUAAAUUGGUUACAAAAGGUGCCUGUGGAACUUCCGAUUCUACUCUAUCUAUCUCUGCUGAUCUUGGUGUUAAUAUUUUCGCCAUCCAAACUUGUCCUUUGAGUUCAACCUGGAGAGAUCCACAACCAUCUUCCGAUGGUCCAGUCUCUCCAGCUAUCCCCACAGCUGCCAGCCCAGUAGUCUUCAAUCUCCCAUCGUAUAACGAUUGGACAAUUACAGGUGAUUGGUCUGAACCACUAAUCUUCAGCCAAUGUUCAGCCGGAGCAAAAUCGAACGGAGUUGACGUUGGAGGUGCAUUGAAUGUUACAAUCAACAGAGCAUGGGGUCCUGAUCAAUACCAAUUGGCUUCCAUGAAACAAAAUUUCUAUUUGCGUGCCGGUGAGAAGUAUAAUCUCCAAGUCGAUCUACUCAGUACCGUUUCCAACCCUGCCAACUAUUUAUUCGGAUUGCAAAUCUGUGUAUAUGGAUAUUACAACAGCUCACGUGACAGAACUUGGAUCGAUCCAAAGCUUCCAAGUGAAUGUGCCAACUUCCCUGGAACUGGUGCAGCCUUGGGUAACCCCAACACCUGGACAUCUCACUCUCUCGACUAUAUCCCAACCAAAGAUUUCCCAGUUUCUGUAGUUGGUAUCAAUCUCUUCUUGAACCAAACCAAUAAGAUCAACUCUGUAUAUUUCCGUAACAUGAAAUUUACAGUUGCUUCGAAACCAAUUGUUAAACCCACUCUUCUCAACAAAGAUUCGGAAUUGGUAAAUCUUAGAAAGCCAACCACCGGUCUUAUGCCACAAGAUCGUCUUACCUGUCCGCAUCUCCAAAGUGGUUUGCUCCACUGGCAUGAUCCAGCCACCUGGAAUGGAUCUGUUCCAUCGCCAUCCUCAGUUAUCACACUCCCAGCUAAUUCCAAAGUUCUCAUCUCCUCAUGUUCCAUCGACCAAGAUGCUGUCUACCAGAAAAUUGUUAUUCCAGCAAGCAGUGAAUUAAUUUUCUCUGAUUCCAGCUACACUAUGAACAUUCACGAUGUUGAUGUCAAAGGAAAGCUAACAAUGGGUUCUUCAACUUGUCGUAUGAAUGGAAAUAUCGAAAUUAUUUUCCACGGACAGAAAACAACUUCCGACACCAUCACCCAAUAUCUUGGAAGUAAAGGUAUUGCUGUCUCCAGAGGUGGUUACAUUAGUGUCCAAGGUAAACAAUACUACAAAACUUGGUCGAGAUUGGCAGCAACAGUCUAUCCAUAUGAAUCUAUUAUCUAUCUCCAAGACAAUGUCAAUUGGGAAGUCGGACAACGUGUUUUCAUUACCACUUCCAAGUACGAAGAUGAAUUCGAUCCACAAAACGAAGAGAUGACUAUUGCUGCAAUCAAUGGAAACAUCGUUCAAUUCACCGAACCAUUGCAAUUCCUUCACUAUGGUGGUCAAGAGUAUCAAGCUGAAGUCGGUUUGAUUUCACGUAGAAUUAUCUUCCGUGGUGCAGAUGAUUCCGAUGCCCAACAAUUUGGUGGACACGUCCUCACCAUGUCGAACGGUCAAUUCGCUGGAAUCCAACUUACAAAGAUGGGUCAACGUAAUCUCAAGGGUCGUUAUCCAUUACAUUUCCAUUUGGCAGGUGUUGUAAUCAAUUCCUACAUCUCUGAUUGCUCCGUUGAAAAGUCAUACUAUCGUUGUUACACUGUUCAUGGUACUCACCAGUUGGUAGUUGAACAAAACACCGCUUUCGACGCCACUGGACAUUGCUAUUAUAUCGAAGAUGGUGUUGAAGAAAAUAACACCAUUGCCUACAAUUUAGCAGCAUAUGUACAUACCAUUGGAAAACCAGCCGCUGGAAAUUCACAACAAGGUGAACUAUUCUAUCAGAACAACGAUUUAACUCAACCUGCUGAUAGUUCUGCUGGUUGUUACUACAUUACAAACGCCUAUAAUCGUAUUAUUGGUAAUGCUGCCAGUGGUGGUUGGGCAUCCUACUCAUUCCCUAACCUUCCAAAACCAAUUGGUAACUUUAAGAAUAUGACAAACUUUAGUCCGGAAUCUAGAACAACUCUUGAAUUCGAUGGUAAUUCAGCUCACUCUGCUGGAUAUUAUUUCUGGUUUGGUUCAUGUAUUUAUUGUGGAGGUAAACUUUGGUAUGAAAAUCCAAAUGUUGAUUCUUUAACCUACAAAUCCGGUAGACAAGACAGAGACACUCAAGAUGUCAAUGGAAAUCCAGUUUGGAUGAGAUGGACAAAUAUGAAAGUUUCACAAUGUUCAUCAGGUGCAAAUCACUGGGGUAAUCAAAUUGAAAUCGAUACCUAUGAAUCGCAUGAUAAUAAGAUCUCUGGUACUGUAUUUGGUUCUGCUUGGAUCAACAAUGCAAUUGUAAAUGGUUUCUCUAACAAUCCAGCUGAUAAUCGUAUUGAAUAUUCAGAUGUAAUGGUAACUCGUCAAGGUUUCCAAUUCUAUGAUACUGUUACACAAACAAUUAUUACCAAUAUUAAUUUCAGAAACUUUAAACAUGAUUCAAAUGCUGCCAAUCCAGAAUCUGAUAACAGUGUUAUCGUUUCAAUGACUCACUCUGAUUUAUACAAACCACAACAAAUCUCUGCAACCAAAGGAAUUACAUUUACCAAUGUCCAAAACACUCAACGUGUCGGUCAUCAAAUUCGUGAGACUGGAUCAAGUAGAUAUUUCAACUUUAUCGAUUGGGACGGAUCCGUUUCAAUGGUCUCAUCUACACCAAAGAUCGUUGGAUCCAGUUUGAACUGGUGGAAUUUCGAUAGUUCCUGUAGAUUCAAUACCGAUUGGGAGACAUGGAUCUGUGAACAAAACGGUCGUCAAGUUGGAAAUAUCCAAGUGGUCGCACCUGGUUUGAUCUUUGAUGACGGCAGCACUGAAGAUACCUUUGUCAAUGUUGGAAACUCUUCGUUGUUCGGACCAAAUCUUCCACCAGGUCCACAAACAGCUUUCAUCACCUCGAAUGCCGGUAUCACUGGUAUCCUCGGAAUGGGUUGGUAUCUUAAUUUCUACAAUGGUGUGGCGCCACCCUCUUUCAGAGUGGAUACACGUCAGGUUCCCUAUGGACAAUACAUUCUUUUGGCAUUGACAUACCCACCACAAUCCACCUUUGUUAUCAAAGCCGGUAACUCUUGGGACGAUCAAAAAUACUGGAUCACAUUGACCACUGCCAGUUCGCAAUCUGGAGUUCUCAACGGUGAUGGAACCAAAUAUUACUUUGACCCAACAUCCAACAAUCUCUUUAUUAAGAUUGUAAACAAACGUCUAACCGAUGACUCUCAGAAAUUCACUCGUGGUGGUGUUAGCAUCAGAGAUUUGGAUUGGGGAUUCGGUUAUUACAUUACUGCUACCUGUCCUGUACAGACAUGUGUUAGAUCCGACACAACCGCCAAAUAUCCAACAUGGGUAAAUUAA